UUGGGGGGGCGUGUGUACACCUGUCUGCCCUGGGUUGUGUGUGUGUUUGGUAUGACUCGCUCUCAUUCCGUGCUGGGGGGUGUCAGGAAGCAGCAAGAGGUAGAUGUUAGGGGCCACCUCCAGCCUGCAGCAGAGAUUCCAGUCCUGCAGUGUGGCCUUGCUCAUCUCCAGACUCAGUUACCCCAUCUGUCCCAUGGAGCUUAUCCCAGACCAAGCAGGCUCUGCGGCAUGGAUGGGGCCAAGCAGCCUGAGUGCUGAUGUGGGUCCCCCCACCCCCAGAGCCUCUCCAGGGAGUCCCGUGCUACUCAGGGCACAGAGUAGCCACACAGCCAGGGAUCAUCCUGUGUGACUCUCAGAACAGCCCUGGAGGUGAGGGGCGUCAUCCUAGCCUCGCCCCUGGGGAGAUUUCUGAGCCUCUCAAGGGUAGCACUUAAGCAUCUUCAGCCAUGAAUGACAAUAAUAACAGUAACAGACCGCGGUAGUGACCAUUUGCUGACGCCUGCCCUGCACCAGGGCCACUCGAAUUUAUUAGUGUUUUCAUUUCAUCAUCACCAAAAUCCUAUGGGCUUUGCAUCCUGCUCCCACUUUACAGAUGAGGGAAGUGAGGCUCAGGAAGGUUGAAGAACUUGCCCAGGGCUCCCCAGCCAGGAUGGUUCCAGCCAGGAUCAGAACCCAGGAGUAUCUGACUACAGCUACGCCCACUACAUUCUUACCAUCAAGGCACAUGGGCUUGCCCUCGGGUGGGGGCUCCCUCCUCCCAGGGCAGCCGGGGCAGCUGGGAGCAGCGUGACUGGAGAGGCGGUCCUUGGUGUGCGAAGCGACUCUGAGUGGGUUUCCCUGUUGAUCCUGCCUGGGACUGUGGGAAGGUCUCUACCUGGGCGGAAGUCCAUCUCCCUCGAACCCCGUCACCUGAGCACCUUGUCCCCCAUCUGGAGCCUGAAUGGGCAGAUGGGUGCUGGAGAGAAUUUUUCUACGCUGACUGCCGCUGCCCUCUCCUCCACCCACCACACACGCAGUGAUACAGCUGCACCGGGGGUCCCUCCUCCACAGUUGAGUGAAGGAACUUGGGGGCCAGUGACCGACCCCCUGCUCCCCGGGAGAAACUGAGCCGCCUGUGGGACUGACUUCACCGUGGACUCUGAUUCAGAUGCAAGCUACCCCUCUGGCUGCUCCUGCGGGUGCCCCCUCCAGGAAGAAGCGGUUGGAGUUGGACGAUGACCUAGACACCGAGGGUCCCACCCGGAAACAAGCUCAAAGUGGGCCCCAGCCCAGGCUGCCCCCCUGUCCACUGGCCCUGAGCCCACCCCCUGCUCCAGUCCGUGCCCCUGUGGGGACCACUGCCUCCCGGCUUGGGCCCUAUGUCCUCUUGGAGCCUGAGGAGGAUGGCCGGGCCUACCGGGCCCUGCACUGCCCCACAGGAACCGAGUACACCUGCAAGGUGUACCCGGUUUGCGAUGCCCUGGCGGUGCUGGAGCCCUACUCACGGCUGCCCCGCCACGGGCACGUGGCCCGGCCCACCGAGGUCUUGGCGGGCACGCGCCACCUCUACGCCUUUUUUCCACGGCCCCACGGGGACAUGCACAGCCUGGUGCGCCGCCGCCGCCGCCUCCCGGAGCCCGAGGCCGCCGCGCUCUUCCGCCAGAUGGCGGCCACCGUGGCGCACUGCCACCAGCACGGUCUAGUCCUGAGAGAUCUCCAGCUGCGUCGCUUUGUCUUCACCGACCGUGAGAGGACGAAGCUGGUGCUGGAGAACCUGGAGGACGCCUGUGUGCUGAGCGGGCCAGACGACUCCUUGUGCGACAAGCACGCGUGCCCGGCUUAUGUGGGACCGGAGAUCCUCAGCUCGCGGCCAUCCUACUCGGGCAAGGCGGCAGAUGUCUGGAGCCUGGGUGUGGUGCUCUUCACCAUGCUGGCCGGCCACUACCCCUUCCAGGACUCAGAGCCCAUCCUGCUCUUUGGCAAGAUCCGCCGCGGGGUCUUUGUCCUGCCUGCGGGCCUCUCAGCCCCGGCCCGCUGCCUGAUCCGCUGCCUCCUUCGACGGGAGCCAGCCGAGCGGCUCACAGCUGCGGGCAUCCUGCUGCACCCCUGGCUGCGGGAGAACCCGACGCCCUCGGUCCCAUCCGGAUCCCACCUCUGGAGGACUGACCAGGUGGUCCCCAGUGGACCGGGGCUGGAGGAGGGAGAAAGGGAAGCGGGUCUGUAUGGUUAGUGCUACCCGACGAGACUCUGAGCUGCACACAGUGGCUUGAGUGUGGGGCGUCUCCAAGCUCUCUCCUGCCGCUUUGAACUGAGCCAAACCUUAAGUGCCUUCUAGGAGGGAGAAAGGAGGAGGCAUGUGCAGAGUGUGCACACGCGCUUGUGCAUUCAGCAAGUCCUUCUUGGGAGCUCGCUGAGGGCCAGGCCCUGUUUUGGGGGCUGGGAACACAGCUGUGAAUACAAGAGACGAAACUCCUGCUCACAGAGCUGACAGCACUUUUCCAUGCCCACAGGGCAGUGUCCACCCUGGGCACACUUAGUGCAGGUGUCCACAUCCACUCGUGCUGGCGCCCAGGCACCUCUGUCAUGGGACGGUCCCUUUUGCAAACAAACCAGCUGCCUUUGUAUCUUGCACCUUUCAGAGAAAGGGAAGCAUCUCUGUGCCAAAGGCUCCAGGCCUCUCCCCUGCCACUUAGGGCUCCAGAGCCCAGGUCGUGCUGGGAGUGGUGCCCCCAGCAGCUCUGGUCGCUUGGCCAAAGGAUUCUCCAUCCAGGCCUUAGCCAAGGAUUUGAGCUGGAAGAUCAAGAGUGUAAACUGAGGCUGUUCCUCACCUAACUCUAGGAAUGGUCUGGAAUGAGGAGCCAGACCUGUCUACUUCUGUGAGCCCUGACCUGAGCACCAGAGUUGGGCAACAGGAUUAGGCAGUGUGCCCCCUGGUCUCCCGGAAAGUCCCAAGCCCUGUUCUGGGGAUCCUUGGGGUGCAGGACCCCACAUCGUUACUACGGGUUUUUGAUGCCAUGAAUCUAUAUUUCUACCUUGUGUCUAAUAAAGGAGUUGUGAAAUAC